AUGACUGCCGCUCAGACUUCCACAGCUGGCACGAGCGGAGGCAAUGAUCAGCCCAGGCGUGGAGCCGCGAACAAUGCGGGCAGAAACGACAAUAAGAAGAGAAAGGAGAUUUUCAAGGGAGAUAUUGAAGAGAUGGGUGGUGCGGUGCUCCAGUUCCCAGACGAAAGGAAUCGAGGAUCCGCCGCCCAAUAUGAACGAUUUUACAUGGCGUUGAAGGACUAUAUUGGCCGGGAGGUUUCAGUGGGUGCUGCCAAGUUAUGGGCCAAGACCUACGUGAAGGAGAUGGACCCUUCUUGGGAACCUCCAGUUCCCAUCGAGCCUACAACCAACAAGAAUGAUGUGAAGGCUUUGCUACUCUAUGAAUCUGAAAAAGCAGCCUACGUCAAACACAUUGGAGCUACUUGGCCCGCUGCCAAGCUGGAGAUCUGGAGCACCAUCAUGGCCCAGUGCUCUCCCAAGCUACGCGCACACCUGCAGCAGUUGCCUUUCUACGACAAGGCCGAAAGCACCCACGAUUGCAUCGCGCUACUUGAAAAUGCGAAUGUUCUAUGUGGAGGAGGCAACCUAUUGGCUUUCCAGCCCCAAGCAAGAGCGGAGGCGCUCCUAGACCUAGUGCAAUACAAGCAGCUCAACGGCACACUAGACGACUACUACAACGAUUUCAAGGCACGGUACGCUACGUUCAGCAGUCUUGGAGGAGAUCUGACAACGAAAGAGGACACCUGGACGACUGCGAACGGCACGAAGGCAUCAACCAACCAAGCAUUGUUGGUGUGUCUGUUCUUGGCCAAUGCCGACAGGAAGCGAUUCGGAGAUUGUGUGACGGAUUUGCGAAACGACGCGUCGUCGAAACUAGUUCGCUAUCCCGAAACACUUGCGGACGCAUACACGAUGCUUGGAGAAUAUGUUCGGAAGCACAAGAAAAAUAGCAAUAACAAUAAUAGCGAUGAAUUGAAUGCCUAUUUGGAAAUAGAUCAUAGUCGUCCGGAGAACGAAAUUUGUUUGACGAGUACGAAAUAUGAGUGGUUGAUCGACUUGGCGUGGAUCCUACUGGAUACGGCGAGCACAGUUACGAUUUUCUGCAAUGCUCUCUACCUACGAGGAAUGCGACAAGCACGACACCCGACGACUAUUCAUACAUCUGGAGGAACGAUCACGGCAACAUUGGAAGGAUACUUGCCUUUCCUUCGCAAAUGGGUUGCAUUUCAUCCAGAUUGCCUCGCAAACAUCAUUUCGUUCCGGGACCUCCUUGAUGCGCACCAUGUGACAUUGAACUCUCGUCAGUCACGUAGCUUCACGGCGACUUAA